AUAGUUCAAAAGAAUUUAUUGUUUUGUGAAUGUAAUUUAUACUUCUCUCAAGAACUAUACAUCACCUCACAAUGGUUUGGAUGUUUCCCGAGAUCAGCUAAAUUCCGCCUGGAAAACGGACUAUCGAUCCGGGUGGAUGAACUCAAAAUUGGGGAUCGCGUCCUCAGCCAAAAUUUAAUCACCGGCAAGAUGGAAUUCACACCAAUUGUAGCUUUUUUGCAUCGCGACGAACAUGCCUGGAGCCCAAUGCUCCGCGUGAUCUAUAAUGCGCCCAUGUCAAACGGAAAACAAAAUAUGUCGCUAUACCUUACCCCUGACCACUUGAUCUACAUCAAACCUGGGCCUACUGAACAGAUAAAAACCGUGUUCGCAUCCACAUUGCAACAAGGUAGCGUCAUUAUGAUCUCUUCCAUGUUUCCGAAUCAGUCCCUCUCUGAAGGUAUUGUUCUACACACGGAAUACAUUGAUGACCCUGGCGGACAGGGUGGGUCUUCCAACGAACUGAUUGGGUUAUACGCCCCUCUCACUCAUACCGGGUCGGUUAUUGUAGAUGAUGUGGUGGUCUCUUGUUUUGCUUACUUCUCUAAUCCAAACCUGUCAUACUUCAUCACGUGGCCACUGCAAUGGAUGUAUAAGCUCAGUCAAUGGCUUAGUAUAUUUCAUCCGCCCGCUGAAGAACAAAACGGAAUUCAUUGGCUUGCGGAAACCCUCCUCGACUGGUUAAUGCCCAUUCUACCUGGAUCGAUGUUCCAUCCACAUACAUGA